UGGGGGCGGGACUGCACGCGUAGCUCGUGCCGGGUCGUUGCUAACCGCUUUCUGUGAGGCUCUGCCUUUAACAUGGUGAAGAGUGACUCCGACUCCAGCAAUAUGUCCGAGAAACGACAGGCCGGCCACAGCCAGACUCAGCGGCUCCCCGAAUCCUUCAGGGAUAAUCCCAAGGCAGAACUGGGACCUUGUGGCUGGUUUUUGGUGGCUGCCUCCAUCCUGUUUGUAGUUAUAACCUUCCCGAUCUCAAUAUGGAUUUGCAUAAAGAUUGUAAAAGAAUAUGAAAGAGUCAUCAUCUUUAGACUGGGUCGCAUUUUGCAAGGAGGCGCCAGAGGACCUGGUUUGUUUUUCAUCCUGCCGUGCACUGACAGCUUCAUCAAGGUGGACAUGAGGACCAUCUCCUUCGACAUUCCUCCCCAGGAGGUCCUCACGAAGGAUUCCGUGACCAUCAGCGUGGAUGGCGUGGUCUAUUACCGUGUUCAGAACGCAACCCUGGCUGUGGCAAACAUCACCAAUGCUGAUUCGGCAACUCGUCUCUUAGCUCAAACUACACUCAGGAAUGCGCUGGGCACCAAGAACCUGUCUCAGAUCCUGUCUGACAGAGAAGAGAUCGCGCACCACAUGCAGAGUACGCUGGAUGACGCCACUGAUGACUGGGGAAUAAAGGUCGAGCGUGUGGAGAUUAAGGACGUGAAGCUGCCUGUGCAGCUCCAGAGAGCCAUGGCUGCGGAGGCGGAAGCGUCCCGCGAGGCCAGAGCCAAGGUGAUUGCCGCUGAGGGGGAAAUGAAUGCGUCCCGAGCCCUGAAGGAAGCUUCCAUAGUGAUCACCGAGUCUCCUGCUGCCCUUCAGCUCCGGUACCUGCAGACGCUGACCACGAUCGCUGCAGAGAAGAACUCCACCAUCGUCUUCCCCCUGCCCAUAGACAUGCUGCAGGGCCUCCUGAGUCCUAAAAAAUGAGCAGCAGGGCAGGGCCGAGGGCCAAACCCUCCCCGGGGAAGUGGGGACCAAAUUAGCCUGAGAUUAGCAGAAAGCCUGACUGUCCCCUCCCCUCCUUCUCUGUAGUAGAGUGUGGGGCUCUUAGAGUGGAUAGCAGUCCUAAAGCCAGUGGGGGACUCCCUUUGGGGCUAGGAGCGUAGCUCAGGGGUAGAGCACAUGCUCGGGGCUCCGAGUUUAAUCCUCUGCACCAAAACAAAAAACAGAGACAGAUGAGUUACCUGCGACAUCUGACUGUUUAGGUUUCUGUCUUUACUCUGGAGUAAGUUGCAACCCUCUUCUGACUUCCUGUUAGUCGUUCUGAGCCAUGUGUGAGCAGUCAAGUCAGGGCAAGGGACCAGCCUAGACAUGCCACCCGACCCCACUGGCAAACGCUCUGCGACAGUGAAGACUUGUGCCACCCGCUUCUCUUGGCCACCUGUGCCUUCUCUUCAGGGAAUUUUGUUUUUUUAAUGUUUCGUUCAAGUCAGGGUU